AUGGCGGGCAUCUUUGCCGCGCUAGUGGUAUCUGUGGUCGCUGUCGCAGAGACAUGCAACAUGCCAACCUCGAUCACCGGUGUCCUCUUUGAUGCAACCAACAUUAACAAUGGAAGAGAUGUGGCUGUUUCGGGAUCCUAUGCAUAUGUGGUCGCCACUCAGACCGACGGACUGCUCGUCGUGGACAUCUCUGAUCCCACCAACCCCACGGUGGCGACAAGCCUUGCGGACAGCACAGACAUGGCUGGACCAGAAGCUUUGAAAGUUGUGGGCAACUACGCCUAUGUCGUCAGCUUCACUUCCGAUUCUCUGGCCAUUGUGGAUGUCAGCAACCCGACCUCCAUCACGAAGGUCGGCAGCCUCAACACAAGUCCCUCCGGUGACAUGAACGGAGCUCAUGGGCUGGAUGUUGUCGGCAACUAUGCUUACGUGGUGGGCAUGCUCAGGAGUUCCUUGACAGUCAUCGACGUUGCCGAUCCGACCAACCCUACCCAAGUGGGCUUCCUGUGGGAAGGCAGUGACCGGAUGACUUGGCCUCGGGAUGUCGUCGUCUCCGGCAACUAUGCCUACCUGACGGGGCAAUCGAAUUCCUAUGUCACCGUGGUGGACGUGAGCGAUCCCACCACACCUGUCGUCGUUGGAGAUGUGCAGGACACCACGAACAUGGGAGGUCCUUGGGCAAUUGCUCUGGCGGGCAACACUGCCUUUGUCACCGCCUUUUCUGGCGACAACAUCGUCUCAGUUGACAUCUCCACGGCCGCAAGCCCCUCCGUCCAGGACCAUCAGGGAGGCUCCUCCGUGAUGAACGACCCUCGCGCUUUGGUCAUCGACGGGUCAACGGCAUAUGUGAGCUCAAAGGAAACGCGUGCCGUCGUGGCCGUGGACAUAUCGGAUCCGACGAGCAUGCAGGUGCAGGAUUCUUUGGUGGAUUCGACGUUGCUGCACACUGCCCGGGGCAUCACGGUUGACUCUAACUACGUGUACGUGGUGAGUGCCAACAGGCUAGUGAUCAUGGACAAAUGCACGGCCUCGACUACCACAUCAACAACCUCUGUGUCGACAUCCACGUCCCUGACAACGACGGACUCAACCGUGACAAUGACUUCUACAUCUUCCACAUUCACCACGACUACAUCGACCUCUUCUCUGUCAACAUCCACAUCCCUAUCAACAUCCGAGACAACUGCAACAGUGACGUCAACAUCUUCGGCAUCAUCCUCAUCCACAACUUUGUCAACCACUCUGUCAACAACCGCGUCCACAACUUUGUCAACCACUCCGUCAACAACCGCAUCCACAACUCUGUCAUCCACUUUGUCAACAACUGUGUCAACAUCCACAACUUCCACGCUGGUGACAUCAACUUCUACACUAUCGGCUUUUGCCAGUGAGACGACUGCCAACGAGUCUGCGGGUGAGAGCACCAAUGUCACCAAUGAAACGUACCUGCCCGACAUAGAGGCGAGUACGACAAGCACUGUGGCUGCGGACUCAUUCGGGGAAGAUGCAACAGCUACAACAGACUUCGACGUCCCACUCUUCCUGUUGGUCUUGGGCGCUGUGGUCGUUGUGGUGGCUCUCGUUCUCCUUGCAUGUUUAGCCUUGCGGCGCCAGGCACAGCAGAGCGACUCGUCCCAGCCAGCUGAAACCAGCGUUUGA